UUUGCCCCUCAUUCCAGUCUGUCCGACCUCCUCCACAUGUCGGUGCAGAUCUCCUCAGGGAUGAAGUAUCUGGCGUCCCUAAACUUUGUGCAUCGCGACCUGGCCACCAGAAACUGCCUGCUGGACCGCCGCCUCACCAUCAAGAUAUCCGACUUCGGGAUGAGCCGGAACCUGUACAGCAGUGACUACUACCGCAUCCAGGGCCGGGCGGUGCUGCCGAUACGAUGGAUGGCCUGGGAGAGCAUCUUGCUGGGUAAGUUCACCACGGCUAGUGACGUGUGGGCGUUUGGCGUUACCCUUUGGGAGAUCUUCACUCUGUGUAAGGAGCAGCCCUACAGCCUGCUGUCCGACGAACAGGUCAUAGAGAACACUGGCGAGUUCUUCAGGAACCAGGGUAGACAGAUUUUCCUCUACGGCCCUCCGCUCUGUCCACCUUCGCUCUUUGAACUGAUGAUGUGUUGUUGGAGUCGCGAUAUACCCGACCGACCCACAUUCGAGGGACUUUACCAAGCCCUGAAGCCCCAUGUCAACCAGUGAGCAGUGUCCGCUUGGAUGUACCACUCUGUGGGAUGUCCAUAUCUGGACUCUUUACAAGAAGAUAGACUGACACCACAAAAGAAAGGACUGGAAUUAUGUUAUAAGAGUAUGUCAGAGGGGUAACGGAAACUGACAGAACUGUGGUCAGAAAGUGGGUUUUCUUUGUAGUAACAUCAGCACUCUAUUCUGAGAGACAAAGUUGAGGUAGAAGGAGAAAGGCUUGUGUACUCAGAGGAAAACAAACCUGACAGUUGGUAGUGAACAAAUACUUUUAAAUAUUUCUAUUUGAUUGCUGAUUUGACAGUUUCCCACCUCUCCUUAAAGCCCCUUCGACCAAAACAUCUUGUUAAACCUUUUGACACUUUUUUUUCCCAUUUUGCUAUGGUGCCAAAGUUUGCGUAAACGUUAAUUUUCUUCUUGUCUUUGGCUUUUAAAGAUGCCAACAACUGGACAGACUCUUCAGUCUUGUUAUUUUCAACUGUCCCUGUGGUUUUUAUUAUUAUUGUAAAGCACUGUCUGUGUCUCUCAGUUAUUCAUGUUCAUUUAACCCACACUGGAGCUAGGGUUAGGGUCAAAUUGUAGUGUAGUUUAUUUUUAGAUUUUUAUUCUAUUUUAUUUUACUUGUUGGUCUUUUUUGUGGAUAUACAUUUUGUUUAGCUGAGGUUCACAUCACGAUGCCAAGAGGCUGCGUUGAUACCUGUGUGGUUCAAAGACUGAAAAUCAGUCAGUGUGUAACUGUGGGUUAUUUAGGAGAGUAAGUGGAUGGAGGGCACAUUUGAACCAAAUAAUAAUAAAAAAAAUGUUGUCCCUUUUUGUUGCCAAAGAGAAAUAAAGAUUAUAAGUAAUAAAACAUAUAUCAAAUGUAUAAAAAAAUCAUCUUUGUGAUUUAACUCCAACAAUAUAACACUAACAUCUAGCACUGGAAACUUUCUUUUUAAAGUACCUUACCUUUGAGUAUGUUACCAGUGGAAAAUCAAGCCAAUUCUAACAACAUGGGUGCUGAUAGAUGGGACAUUAUCUAAUGCAACAAUCUUAUGUCACGUUAUCUCUUUACCUGUGUGCUGGGGCCUGUAAAAUGUACACGUAUGUUCAAUGUGUUUAUGUCUAUGUUGGAGUCCAGAGAUUUGUAUGUUUAUAGAUUAGCCAGCAAGCCUUAGCGCAAUAUUUAAAAAAGUAAAGUCUGUUGUUUCAUUACUAGAAUCAAAUAAUUUAAAAUACAAUUGUUCAAAUUAAGAGUGAAAUAUUCACCAAACUGAAAAGAGCCCUAAGCAACUCAACUAGUAUUGAGAUUUUGGCUAGCAACCAACGUUGUUGUUAGCUGACUCAAAAAGCUAGCAAGUUGUAAUGUGGGGUAGUAAAACCAGGCUCUGUGUAACACUCGAACCGCCAGGGGUCGCUGUAUACCUAAAACCGCCAACAGGUAAAAUGUACCCGCUAAUAGAAUGCAUUGAUUUUCAAGGUACAAUGUUCUUUUAUUUAUCAUACUAGAACACAGGGUUAACAGUGAGUCACACAGUGAUUAAACUUAUACCAAUGGAAUCUUUGGACUCACAGCUUUCAUAUGAUAUCUAGUUUGUGCAGAUUGCAUGAAGUAUAAAAGAUCGCUAAAGUGAGUUAUGUGCAAAGUGUCACAAUCUUAUGAAGGACCCAAAUGCAGCACUCGAGAAACCACAGAGUAUUGGUAAUGUACUUUAUUGGUAAUAAUACCAGAGCAGAGGGAUACCGGAUAAUGUACAGGCAAACAAACCAGAGAGCAGCGGGCAGAAGGUGAGUCAGGGCCGGGCAGAGAGUCAGGGAGCAGGCGAGGCGGUCAGCGUAGGUACAGGCAGGGUCAGACAGCAGGCAAGGCAGGAUAGUCCAAGGACAGGCAGGAUCAGGGAUCAGGCAGAGCAGGCAGGUCGGGGACAGGCAGGGUCGGAACCGGGUAGGCAAUCUGAUAACAAACGCGUGAAAGACUAGCAUAAGGCAAAGUACGAUCUGGCAACGGGCGUGUGUCUGGUGAGGGUUUAAAUACUGGCAGUGAAACUAAUGGGUGCCGUAGAGAAAGAGAGUGAGCAAAAACGUAGGUGUGGUUAACAGGUGAGACAGGUGAAUGGAAAACUACUGGUGAAUGAUGGAGCAGACUGUGACAGAACACCCCCCCCCCUUACCUGACGUCCCUAAACGCUAAUCUACAGAGGACGGUGGGAGGAGGGGUUAGUACUCAUCUGAAAAAGUUAUUUCGGCCUCCUUCUCCUGACCCGGUGGGAAUCGACGUCCUCAUCAGAAGCAGGCCCCUCGCUGUCCUCCUCGGAAGAAGAGCAGUAUGUGGA